AUGGGUUCACUUCUACUCACACUCACUGCACUAGGUGUAAUGAGCGUAGUGGGUGCCCAAUCCACUCCCACUACGUUACUCAUCUCUCGAGCGAUCUCAGCUCCAGACUCAUUGUUCCUCAAGCCACGCGAUGGGACAACGUCUGACGUCCCGGUAGGGGUCUCAUCGCCACCAUCUGUGUCCGAUGCUCCAAGUUCGGCUGUCUCGACUGAAACGCCUCCGAAUGCUACGGGCUCAGUAGUCCCCUUGGCCGCCCGACUUACGGGCUUCGAUGGAUGCAAGGACCCUCAGUUUAUCAGAGACGCCUUCACCGAAUUCGAAAAGAUGGUCCCAUUCGAUAGAAACUCGGCUGAUAAUGAUAACCCUCCUGGGACCGAUCAAUACCCGUGGAAGGAUCCUACCUGGACCAGUGGUCCCUCCGUAGACUUCUUUGGGCCUAUGAACAGAUUCAGCGACUAUAAAGAUCAAGUGACAGGCAAACUCGCAAGCUUUCGUACGGGAUGGCUCACGACUUGGACGCUACGAGUCCGCUGUGACGAUAAACUGAAACAGUGCCCGGAGAAGGUGGACCCGCCAGAUGACCCAUGCAACCCCCCCGGUGACGGGGAUCCUUCGCCCAAAAAGCCAACAAAGUUAGCCUACGUUGCAACGGUAGACCCGUAUGUGGACCACAUGUUCUUCUGCCCUGGUUUCUUCCUUCGUCCUAAGCUCGACGACCGGCUUGCGACCGUCGUCAACAACCUUGCUCAGGCCAAUUACCUUGACAACUAUGCCAAUCGAGCGACCACGGUGGCUCAUGAGCUCCUCCACAUCUCCUGGAUUGGGAAUCCAAUUGACAGCCCUGCAACCGAUCAGUUGGUCGAUAUCAUCAUGCCUGGCGGAACCUGGAAAGCAUAUCGGACCGUAGAUUGCAAGUAUCUAGCCCACUCGGAAAUUGAAGAUAAAGUGCAGCAUGUCAAUAAUGUAAACAACUACAUGUGGUGGUUCCUUGCAAAUUACAUCAUCCACCGGUAUGAUUUCUAUCCCUCGGGAUCAACGUGGUUGACGACGCUUGACCCGCCAGCACCUCCACCCAGCGUGGCGAAUCUAGCAAUAACGAAUGGCACUGACGUAGAGAUUGGCUGGGAUGACUGUUGA